AUGUCUCAAGGAUACCCACCACCACCAAACCCUCAACAGUAUGGUGGAUACAUACCAAGACCUCUUCAAGAACCUCCACUUUAUCCUCCAAGUAUACCAACUUCAAAUUUUUCUGACCCUGCCACACUACCCUUAUUAGUUCAAUCAAAUGCCAGCAAUACUAAUUUUGAAGAAGAAAAAACACCACUUCAUUAUGGUGAAGCUCCUGUAAGACAACCACGUCGUUUUAAAACUACUAAAAGAGUUGAUUUAUUUCGAGGAAAAGUGGUUCUUGAUUGUCCAGUUCCAACGAAACUUUUAUCUGAGGUUCAAAGAAGAAAUGAUGGAGAAUUUUCAUUAAUGAGAUAUACACCUUGUACUUGUGAUCCCAACAAUUUUCAAAAUGAAGGUUAUACACUUCGUCAACAACUUUAUGACCCACCAAGACAAACAGAGUUAUUUAUUGUACUCACUAUGUAUAAUGAAGAUGAAGUACUUUUUGCACGUACAUUCCAUGGAGUUGAAAAAAAUAUAAAUCAUUUAUGUACUCGUGGACGCUCUCGUACAUGGGGAAAAGACGGAUGGAAAAAAGUUGUUGUUUGUAUCGUGUCUGAUGGUCGUACUAAGAUAAAUCAUCGAACUUUAUCUUAUUUGGCGGCAUUAGGUGUUUAUCAGGAGGGAGUGGCUAAGAACCAGAUCAAUGGCAAAGAAGUAACUGCUCAUCUUUACGAGUAUACCACACAACUUUCUAUUGGAUCUGAUAUGAAAUUUAAGAAGAGAGAUGAGAGCUCAGUUCCUAUUCAAGUCCUUUUUUGCUUGAAGGAAAAAAAUGCAAAAAAAAUCAAUUCUCAUCGCUGGUUUUUCAAUGCAUUCGGUAGAAUAUUAGAUCCACAAGUAUGUGUUUUAAUUGAUGUUGGUACAAAACCUGGUAGCACGUCUAUUUAUCAUUUGUGGAAAGCUUUUGACAUCAAUCCUAAUCUUGGUGGUGCAUGUGGCGAAAUUAAGGCUAUGACAGGCAGUGCAGGAGUUAACUUAUUAAAUCCAUUGGUUGCAUCACAAAAUUUUGAAUACAAGAUGUCAAAUAUUUUGGAUAAACCACUUGAGUCAGUAUUUGGUUAUAUUACUGUAUUACCUGGUGCAUUUUCUGCAUAUCGCUACCGUGCUCUUCAGAAUGAUAAAAAUCAAGUAGGUCCUUUGAAAUCAUAUUUUUUGGGCGAAUCUCAACAUGGAGGUGAUGCAGAUAUCUUUACGGCCAAUAUGUAUCUUGCUGAAGAUCGUAUUUUGUGUUUUGAAUUAGUUGCAAAAAGAGAUGAUGCCUGGUUAUUGCAAUAUAUAAAGUCAGCUUAUGCUGAAACAGAUGUACCUGAUACAGUAGCUGAAUUGAUUUCUCAAAGACGUCGUUGGUUGAAUGGUUCUUUCUUUGCUGGAGUGUAUGCUAUAUGUCAUACUUUUGCAAUAUGGAGAAGUGGUCACUCUAAAUUUAGAAAAAUAUUGUUGCAUAUUGAAAUGUUUUAUCAAGCAUAUAAUUUAAUGUUCUCUUGGUUGGGAUUGGGUAAUUUUUAUUUAACCUUUUACAUUUUGGGUAAUUCCCUUACGGAUGAUGAAGUUAUUGAAGGUUUAUGGUCUAAAACUGCUGGCGACAUUAUAUUUAAUAUAUUACGAUACGUAUAUUUAACGCUUCUUAUAAUACAAUUUAUAUUAGCCAUGGGUAAUAGACCUCAAGGAUCUAAAUGGGCUUAUAUUGCAUCGAUAUCAUUUUUUUCUGGACUUAUGGUUUAUAUGUUAUUUGCAGCGGGAUGGUUAACAUAUAAAGGGGUUGCAGCGCAAAUACAAAAAUUAAAUAAUGAUGUAGCAGAUCCAGGUGCUAAUGUUUCAACAGCUGGUGCUAUUCUUGGAAAUUCAACAUUUAAAAAUAUUAUUCUUUCAGUUAUUUCUACUUAUGGAUUAUAUUUCACUGCCAGUUUCUUGUUUUUUGAACCUUGGCAUAUGUUUAAUAGUUUGAUUCAAUAUUUAUUAUUGGUUCCAUUCUAUAUCAACAUUUUGAAUGUUUAUGCUUUUUGUAAUGUACAUGAUGUUAGUUGGGGAACUAAAGGAGAUAAUGCAGUGGUAAAACAUGAUUUAGGUUCUGUAACAACAACUCCAGAUAAUAAUACAGUCGAGGUUGAAGUCCCUGUUGAAGCAAAAGACAUAAAUUCAUUAUAUCAAGAAGCGGUUGAAGAAUUACAACGUCAUCAUGAGGAACCGGUUAAAAAACGGUCAGCUUCAGACAAGCAAGAGGAUUAUUAUAAAUCUUUCCGUACACGCGUUGUAUUGCUUUGGAUCCUAUCCAAUGGUGCUUUGGUUGCAGGUAUUACAAAUGCUAGUACCACUUUAAAUUCAAUUUCUACUUCAACAGACAGAGCAAACAGUUAUAUGGCAUUUGUGCUUUGGUCAGUUGCUGGAUUGGCAGCUUUUAGAUUUAUGGGAAGUUGUACAUAUUUGCUCUUUAGGCUAUUCACUGGUUAA